AUGUCUGACCUGAAAAUGACAGUCCGAAAGCUUGACCGGCAGACAAAGGGCGAUCUGAAAGACCUGAAGCUGUCAGUCAACAAGCUCGACCAGAAGACAACUGAUGAUUUGUCGGGCCUGAAGCUGGCAUUCAACAAGUCCGACCAGAAGACAACUGAUGAUCUGCCAGAUCUGAAGCUGGCAUUCAACAAGCUCGAAAAGAAGACAACUGAUGAUCUGUCGGAUCUGAAGCUGUCGGUCAGCAAGCUGGACACGAAGAUAGCCGGGAUCCAGGCUAACGUCUCUGACUGGAUUCAUCGCCAGCAGAAAGUGAAAGAGGACGUGUCGGCAAAGCUCGUGGAAAAUGAGAAAGUUGUGAACAACGUUGCAGCCAGCGUGACACAGCUGACCAAAUCAGGGCUUGAGAGGGAGAAGAUACUCCAACGUCUGGAGAAGCUGGAGGACAACAUGAAGAACAAACAAGACAAACCGGAGAAGGAGCGCGCUCCGAUACGCCUACCAGCGACCUGUCCAGGCGGUUACAGGAAGUAUCGCGAAGUCUGCUACAAAGCCUUUGACGUCAAGAAGACCUUCUCCGAAUCGUCUGAGACCUGUCGGGCUGACGGAGGCACCCUCGCCAUGCCCCGCGACGCCGGCAUCGACGACUUCCUCGUCUCCUUGAUGAAUCAGAAAUUCGACUUUUGGAUCGGCUUACAUGAUAAGCGACAGGAAGGCAAGUGGGAGUGGAUAGACGGCACCGCUCUGGGGACAGGCUACAACCGGUGGAGGAGCGGUAAACCGUACAACUUUUGGGGGAAUGAGUACUGCGCUUUGUACUACAAGCUUCGCUCAUCGCUGCUCCAGGCAAGUAACCGGACGCCCAUAUAUGGGAAGCGCCCCCGGCUACAGUCGUAA